UUCUCCCUCUCUCUCACUCUGAAUUAUUCAUAUAAAUACCAAAUCCACAAAUGGCAACCACAGCUUCCUUACAUCGCCUUUCUCGUCUCCGAUUCAUAGCCAAUUCCCAACCCCUUCUAUCACCUUUUUCAAUUCCAUCGUAUUUCUCUCUCACCCCCAAAACCAAGAAAUUGAAUCGAUUGCGAUUCUUGUCAAUGGCUUCGGGACCCAAGGAAUCGCCCGCCAACAACCCCGGUCUGCAUACAACUCCGGACGAAGCUACCAAGGGUUACAUUAUGCAGCAAACUAUGUUUCGAAUCAAGGACCCCGAAGUGAGCCUUGAUUUCUAUUCUCGCGUCUUGGGCAUGUCUUUGCUUAAGAGGCUGGAUUUUGUGGACAUGAAGUUCAGCCUGUAUUUUUUGGGCUAUGAGGAUACGUCAAAAGCUCCGAGUAAUCCAGUUGAUAAAACAGUUUGGACCUUUUCCCAGAAGGCUACAAUUGAACUGACACAUAAUUGGGGUACUGAAAGUGAUCCAGAGUUCAAAGGAUACCACAAUGGAAAUUCUGAACCUCGCGGCUUUGGACACAUUGGCAUAACUGUUGAUGACACAGUAAAGGCAUGUGAAAGAUUUCAGAAUCUGGGAGUUGAGUUUGUUAAGAAACCAGAUGAAGGGAAAAUGAGAGGUAUAGCAUUCAUCAAGGACCCUGAUGGAUACUGGAUUGAAAUCUUUGAUCUAAAAAAAAUAGGAAGUGUUACUCAAAGUGCAUCUUAGGCUUAAGAUACCCCCUUCAGGCGGGGUCUUGUGUGAUAAAUUUUCAUAUCCCCACCGAUUUUAACUGGGUCUUUGCUCCUGAAGAGUGUGUAGUGUUUUUUAAGCUUCCCUUCAAGGAUGAAUGAUGUUGUGAGACCAGAAUAAAUAAGGAUUGUGGUGACUUCUACUUUUGCAAUGGAUGUAUGAUACAAGUAUGCUUUCCAGAAAAGUAAUAAUAUGUAAGAACGUUUGCUUUCCUGUGAUUAUGCAUGACAUCCUCUUACAUUGGUUUUGCAUAUAUUCUGCAAUUGGCUCCUUUGCUAGGGUUGGAUUAAGACUGAAAAACGCAUUCUAGAAUUGAAUGAGAAGUACUCCAAGAUCUUAG